CCAAGAGUUAAAGAUAACUUAAACCCAACGUAAGUAUGUACUAAGUUCAAUCAAUUAGCAGUUAUAAACUGACGGUUACAAUCGGUGUUUAACUGUGCCGAAGAGAUUUGGCUAUAAUUAUUUAAAGUAAAGAACAGGACUUAAUGCAUACUGGACACAGUUACCUAAAUCUGUAGAUAUCAAGCGAUUUACUUGUUUUCGUAUCUCAGUUUCAUCUUGACAUUUGGCGGGAGAAAAUACCAGGACCAAACCCGAAGACAACCGAAUGUGCAGAAAGCGCGCAUAAAGGGAGAUCAAUCUUACGAAGAAAAAAUGACAGCAAACGCGAAAGCUGACUCCAAAGAUUUGUUUCAAUAUUUAGCAUUGUACGACGAAAACAGCGAAGAUCAUGAAAAUUUCGUGCCUUUCUCGAUGGGAGCACCUGGAGCAGAAAGUCUUGCAGGAUGCAACCAGCUGUUAGAUAAAGCAACACGCAUCUUAUUGUCUGACGAUGGGGAAGAGAGGUUCACAUUCCAGUAUGGGCCGUGUAAAGGGUACCCAGGCUUCUGUAGGGAGAUGGCAAAAUUUCUGUCUUCAGAAUAUGGGCAAACUGUCAGCAGGGAAGACAUUAUGGUAACAGCAGGUGCCACUCAGGGCCUGCACCUGGUUGCCACGGUGAUGUUCAACAAGGACACGCCUGUUUUCAUGGAGGACCCAACCUACUUCAUUGCUGUCAAGAUCCUUAGGGAGGACUUUGGAAUGAAUAUCAUACCAGUGCCAACCGACAGCGAAGGUAUCAAUGCAGAGAAGCUGGAGUCAAUGCUGGUCCAACACAAGCCAACCUCCAUUGCUGGACAGAAGACUCCGUUCUGGGGCAUGGUUUACACAAUACCCACCUUCAAUAACCCAAAAGGCUACUGCAUGUCUCCAGAGCGUUGCAGAACGCUUAUUCGGUUAGCGCGGAAACAUGACGUCCUGCUGUUCACAGAGGACAUCUACAACAUGCUGCAUUAUGACGACAGUCCAGUAUGCCCACCGAGACUGAUGUCGUAUGAUAAUCACAUGGAUGAAGAUUUCCAGGGUCAUGUUCUCUCCAACUGCACGUUCUCAAAGAUUCUGGCCCCUGGACUUCGGCUGGGCUGGAUUGAGGCGCCCCCUAGGAUUAUGAAGUACUUAGAAAAAAGUGCUACAGCCUGGAGUGGUGGGGCAUUUAACCAUUAUACAUCAAAAGUGAUAGCAUCAGCCUUGAAGGAAGGCUUGAUAGCCAAGCACUUGAAUAAGCUCAGGAAAGAAUAUAGGGAGCGCAUGGAUAUAGCGUGCUCAUCCCUGAGGAAGCAUUUGCCCCAAGAUGUGAAGGUAGACUACCCGAAGGGUGGCUUUUUUAUCUGGCUGGAAUUACCUCCCUCCGUGGACACAAUGCUGCUUCUAAAACUGGCUGUGGAGAAGUACAAAAUCAACUUCAUAUUUGGUGCUAGCACUUCUCCCACUGGAGGUUGCCGAAACUGUGCCCGCCUAUCAAUCAGCUUCUGUGAUAAAAAGAAAAUCGAGAAAGGCAUCGUCGCAUUCUGUGAGGCCCUGCAAGAGAUGAUGGAAACGAGCAAGGGGCAGUAGCCAAAAAGGUGUUCAUUUAGGCUUUGUUGUGGUAUUGUAUGUUGAGUCUAUAGGUUAAAGGUCAAUUAUGUUGCAUACAUAAAAUAAAUUCUGUACAUUGCGCAAUAGCUCAAUCUACUUCACCUAACCCUGUUUGGAUUGCAUCUUUUAUGUUUUAAGUAUUCAUGUAUUGUAUAGCAUAUAUUUUGCAUUUCUGUUUCUAUGCAAGAAUCAGCUCAAAAUAUACCAUGCCUGUUGUUAUGGAGGCAUAGUGACAGUACAUAGACAAUAACUUUAACAGAAUAAUCUAUUUUUUGUAAGUGUAAUAUCAAAUCAUUGUUACACAGUCUUAACAGUCUUGCUAAUACAAUAGCCAAAUGGAUACUACAUAUUUCUUAAGUAUUGAAAGUGACUUCAUGUCAUUUUUUGCUGGUGACAAAAAAUGAAAACUGAGCAGUAUGAAUAUAAGAUGCAUGUUUGCCCUUUUUGUUUUUGCUCAAUAUAAAUAACAUUUCUUUAUGCAUAAUUAGCAUAUGGUAGGUUGCAUUUUCAUAUUACCGUUGAUUUGAAGGAAUUAUAUUUUGCUAUCUUGUUUAUAAAGUAAUUGAAAAAUAUAUUUAAUUACAACUUUAGUGAUUGUUUUAAUUAUUGUCCAAUUUUUAUGCCCCCCGGAUCGAAUGAUAGGGGUCAUUGUGUUUCUGACAAACACAUCUCUUGUUAUAUACCAUUUAUUAUUAUUGUAUUUGUUAGUUUUGUUAUAAAUUUUAUUAAAAGUCUAUUUAUUCUUGUUUACAACCAGAUAUUUGUGAAUGCAUUACACUUUCAAUGAAGUUUCUUAUUAAUUCUUUGUUCAGAUAUUUUUGAUAAAUAUAUAACUAAUCUUUCACAUUAAUUCAUGAUUAUUUGUUUAAAAAUUAUUUUAAAAAUAUGAAUUAUUGGAAUAAACUCUUUACCAACAA